AUGCCCAGAGGAAGGAGGGCGGGACGGGGUGAGGAAGGGGAGGCCGAGCCAUCCUCCCGGCCAGGCCAGGCCGGGCGGAGACCGUACCUGGUCGACGCUGGUGGCUGACAUUCUUCACGGGGAGCCGCAAUCCCCUCACCCCGCUCCGCUUGGGCCUCCUCCUCCUCCUCCCGCUCUUCCUCAAUUCCCCGCCGCCGCCUUUUCCGCCGCUCUCCCCGCCGCCGCCGCCUGACUGUCUCCGCAGCCCGGGCACUUCUAGUCUGCUCGGCGCCUCCGAAAGCAACCAGCUGGACACAGCUCAGCUUCCCUCCCCUGCUCCGGGCUCCGCUUUCCCACAAUGGCGGACGCGCUCCGGAUCCUACUUCCGCUCCGCGGCGCCCUGACCUUCCGCUCUCCCCCCUCCCUCUACCACUGACGACAUUGCAGCCGACUUUUCCCUUUCCGUCCCCGACUCCUAUCACGUGGUUCCGAAGACGAGGGCGGGGGAAACGGCCGUCCGUCGGCGCGCGCGCUCGCCAUAAAUGUCCCGUAUGUUAACAGCCCGAGCAAAUAGCGACGGCGCGCUUGCGCGGCAUUUGUCGAAUUGCGGAGGUGGGGGGGGUGGAGGAGGAGGAAGUGACGUUUUAACGUUCUCAGCGGUCGGGUGUAGAGCUGUGUGGGAGCCUCGGAGAGGAAGGUGCGCGCGAGUCUUCGGAGGGAGGCUGCUCGGGAAAGUGCGGCCGUGUGGAUUUCUGCAGCGUCGUCCGUUUCUGUGGUGGGUUUAAGAAAGGGUUUGUUCCUCUUUGGGGGCCUCUGGGUAGCGGGAGCGGCCGCUAGAGGUUGUUCUGAGGUAGUUUCGUCCCGUACAGAGGAGGGUCGGGGAGGCCUUUCUCGAAAGACUGCCAUUAUACGCCGGAUGUUCGUGACAGGUAGGCCCUGGCUGUCGUCUUCAGAAAGGCCGCUCCUCGGCAGGGCCUUUCCCUUCAGUGGGGCUGCUUUGAAGGCUGAGGGUUCCGUGGGGCUGGGGCGGGAAGGAGGCAACCCCUCAGAAUCGAAACUGUAACGAAUAUAUUUGGGUGUGGUUCGAGCUCUGCGCAAGGGGGCAGCGAUGGGAGGCUUUUUGGAAUCGUGGUGGUCUAGGGCUAGGCAGGGAACAGGAAGUGCGCACUAUCUCGUUCCUUGGCGCGCCAAAGAGCUGCUCUUGGCCUAGACUCGCCGCUCCGAGGAGCCCCAGCCUCUCCCCUCUUCCCCUCCCCCGACCUUCGAACUGUGAACGGAGACGGCCCUGGAAGGUUUGUACCAACAAUUCACAUCUCCCCAGCUCAAAGGUUGCAAGCAGGCCUCUGGAUAGUUGCUGACCAAGCCUAACAUCGGAGUUGCCAGCCUGUCUGUCAGGACCUCUUCCCGACAUAGAAGUGUGGUGCUCCCACCACCACCCGGCUUCCCCUGGGUUCAGCUGCCAAACCAGCCUCUAGCCUUUCUCCUAGCUUUGGAGCUGGGGAAGUGGCAGUGAGUGCCUGAUGUUCUAGUCCCUAUUAUGGAGAUAAGGCAUUUAUUAGCUUGAUUAUGAGAUUGUAUGUAACCCUUUUUAGUAUAGCCCACCCAAAGUGGCACACAACAGGCUUGAGUCAGUAGAUAAUAAUAAUUUUUAUUUAUACCCGACCCUCCCCAGCCAAGGCCAGGCUCAGGGCGGCUAACAAGCAAUAAUAAAAACAAGUUGAAUGAAUACAACUUAAAAACAAAAUUAAAAUACAACAUUAAAAUAUUGAAAUAUUAAAAUGCAGCCUCAUCACAGGAGGAGAAAGGAAAAAGAAAAAAGAAAGGGGGAGGGAAUCAAAUUGGCUCCAAGCCAAAGGCCAGGUGGAACAACUCUGUCUUACAGGCCCUGCGGAAAGAAAUCAGAUCCUGCAGGGCACUGGUCCCAUGAGGCAGAGCGUUCCACCAGGCCGGAGCCAGUGUUGAAAAGGCCCUGGCUCUGGUUGAAGCUAAUCUAACUUCCUUAGGGCCCGGGACCACUAGGGUGUUGCUAUUUAUGGACCUUGAGGCUCUCCAUGGGGCAUACCGGGAGAGAUGUACACUGUGUUAUGUACCAAAUGGUACCAAAAAUCCUCGGGUGGAGUUUCCUUGCAGAUAAUCUGGUUUUACUGAAUUCCUGGAGGUGACGUGGCUAAUAUAUUUAAUAGACAGAUGUUGAACUUCCCAUCUUUCUGAUGAGCUCUAUCCAUUGUUAGAAACUAAGGUGUAUAAGCUAAUCACCAAAUGGCACUGUAAACUUGGGUUACGGUCACCCCAACGGAAUGUCUAGGUGCCAUUUUGCCCUAGUGGGGUUUACUAUUAUUAUUAAUUUCAUUUAUAUACAGCUUUAUAUUUUAAAGAAAAAUCUCAAAGCUGUUUAUAACACAUUAAAACCUCAAAUAAACAUCCAGAAUAAACAAAUUCAAGCUUCAAUGAAAAUAUUUCAGAUCCUUCUCUAAGUGACAUUUGGCUUUCCCCAUGUUUGUUAAUCUACUUAAUUUAUAGCUGCCCAGUAGCAGAAGUACUCUAGCAAGCCAGUGAGGUGUAGUGGUUAGAGAUCAGGGUUAAAAUCUCCCCUCAGUCAUGAAGCUCACUGAGUGACAUUGGAGUCAGUCACAGCCCUUAACCUACCCCACAGGGUUAUUGUAAGGAUUAACUGGGGAGGGGAUGAAGUGUGUACUCUUUGGAGAAAAAGCUGGGAUAUAAAUGCAAUGAAUAAGUUCUUCUGCUUAGCUGCUUAAGAAAGCCGGAGAGGCUAGCCAGAUGGAGAUGUCAGUUGCCAACGUAGCAUUGUUUUAAGUCCAUUUCCUAUUUCCCCCUAAAAUAUAAUUCCUGUUUUUUUACUGCUGGCACAACCUGGAUCGACAUCUUAGUUGAGCUAUCCACUAUGACCUUAACAUCUCUGUUCUUGGUCAGCCACUGUCAACUCAAACCUCAAUAGCAUAUAUACAAUGUUAGGGUGUUUUGCUUCAACAUGCAUCACUUUACCCUUGUUAACACUGAAUCAGAUUUACCAUUUUAUGCUCAUUCCCCCAGUUUGGAGGGGUCCUUUUGGAGCGCCUCACAGCCUCUUUUAGUUAAAAAUUACCCAGAACAACUUGAUGUCCACAGCAAGCUUUGCUAACUCAUCCCCAGGAAGGGCUAGAAAGAUGCUCUGUCUCACGCUUCAGACUUGGGUUCAAAAAGCAGACAGCACACAUCCAGUAAAUCUCACUGUCACAAAUAAGCAGGAAUUUUUAUUUAUUUAUUUCAUAUAUAAGAAUAUUUAUUCUACUUGCACUCCUCUCUCUAUACUAAAUAUGCAUCAGAUACACAAAAUAAAUCUUCAGAAUGGGCAGAUACACAUAAAGGGAACACCCCCCAACAAAAAUCCCACCCCACCCCCCAAUUUCCAGUCUGUUCUCUCCAAUGCCAGGCUCAACCUGCAUUCCUAAGGGAAAAACAGCAAGGAUGCAGCAGAAGCCAAAUAAAGGGGGCAAACCUUUAUUCUUCCAAGCAAGCCACCAAAAAUAUUAUGAGAAGACAUGAAACGCAAAGCAAGAAAAGGGGCACUGCAUAAGUACUAGAGCCAUUUCACUUUUGAGAAGCAAGAUCAACAUUAGAAGCCCUUAAAUAAUCAGCCAGCACAGGAAAAACCCAUCACAGCUUGGGUUUGUUUGCAAACCACAACAUGUCCCGUGCCCGCAAGAGAGAAGCAAUCCAUGUAAUGGUAUGAAAGAGCUGCUUCUCAGUUUGCUUACCUAAGCUCUCCUGCCCAGCCAGAGGAGAUUUCAGUUGCAAACCACGUGACUGGAAAUCUCACCUUUGUCACAAGGGGGCGAUCCUGAGUAGCAGAAAGCAUCUGGCCAGCCUGGGCAAAAUGGUUCCAAAAAGGUUAUAGCAUGUAGACCUUUACACUGGGCAUGCUCUGAGCUUAGAACAUGUCAGCAACUUGUGCAGCUAAUUUCUGUGCUGCAUUGCCAUCUUUUAGCUUUAUGUUUUAACUCUUUGUACAUUUUCUCUUUAUAAAAUGACAUACAUUUCUGCUUCAUAUGGAUCAGUAGCCAUUGCUUGUGCCUGGGCUUUUGCAAGUGCUCUAGCCCUAUUAAUAUCAGCAGCCUAGACAUUUGUUUGUUGGGAAUUUUCAGGGAACCUUUCCUGACAAACUAAACACAAUAUUGUCUCUAAGGAUGAGUUCUUGGGCAGUUCAAAAUGCAGUCUCUUGCUGUUUGUCUUAACUCUUUUAUAAUAUUCCUUAUCCCUCAUCAAGCUUGAGCUGCUAAGAUUGAUACCCCUCCAAAUCUGAAUGUUUUCUUGAUUCACUAUUUCAGUGCUUUUAAGGCAUUUGCAAGGGUUUUAUUUGCAGUAUCUGCAUAGAUAUUUAUUUUCCAGUGCCCUAUUGCUAAUAAUAUAUUGUAGGCAAUUUUAACUAUUUCAUGCUGAGGUCUUGGUGAAACUUAGGUAGACUUGAUGCUUAUUUGUGCAUUGAAAGGGGAUGCAUACUGACUUAGUUCAGUUCUGAAUCUGUUCUCUGAGCCAGGAAUUGGGGCAGAGACACCAAGAACCACCAACCUCCAUUCCAGCUGCAGCACAGCCCAGUUGACUAAGGGGCAGUUGAACAAUGUGAGAAGACCAUACUUAGGAGGAAUAGAGCAUUUGGUUUUUUUUUUUUAAAAAAAAAAUACAUUCACAUACCACAAUGUGGGUGGGUACAAUCUUGUGUUUUGUGACUAGUCACUUGGAAAUAUGUAUAUGGGCAAUCUAUGUUAUGUAUCAGGGUUUAUCAUGCAUUUCUUUUGUUCCUAGAAUACUAGUUUAAUUGGGAGUUUGGCCUCUUCUGCCUCUAUGUACCAUGAGCCCAACUGAUGCCAAGCGUUCUGCCAAGCGCAAGAAGAAUAAGAAGGGCAGUGGCCUUGGCUUAGCAAGUCUCUCUGGUGCCCUGGAGAUCAAGCCUGCAGGGCCUGCUGCUUCAACCCCUGCCUCUCCCUCUUCAUCCCCAUCAACUUCCUUUGUGGCCUCCUUGCAAAUGGCUGCUGCUCCAGCAACAGUUUCUAGCACCGGAAAUGAUGUAGCAGCCACUCCUGUGAUUGCCAGUGAAAGGAUGGGGAAGACCGAGGUGCCCAAAAAGCGUUGUGGAGGGACAAUUAAUUCUAGACAAACACGCAAGCAAAGUAGAAUGGCUGCUUCAGCUGCUGAAGCAGCUUCACAGACCGCUUCACAGGCAGAGCCAAUUGACCUCGAAGAAGGUGCUUGUGAAGAAGUCGUAGACCUUACUUGUGAAUCUUCAGAACCAGUAGUCGUUGAUCUGACACACAAUGAUUCUGUUGUGAUAGUUGAAGAAAAUGUUCGACGAAGAAAUCAAGAGUUAAGAAGGCAACAGCUGCCUGACAGCUGUGUACUAAGUAGUGAUGAUGAUGACGCAAGAGAUAAUGAUGUGGUGCUGACCGGUACAUUGCCCAGAGAAUUGGAAUUGCUUGAUGAUGGAAUUUCAAAUUCACGGCGUUCAGGUACCGUGAGUUGUCCAAUUUGCAUGGAUGGCUACUCUGAAAUUGUGCAGAGUGGGCGGCUCAUUGUAUCAACAAAGUGUGGUCAUGUCUUUUGUAGUCAGUGCCUCCGUGAUUCGCUAAGAAAUGCUAAUUCUUGCCCAACUUGUAGGAAGAAGCUUGGUUACAAACAAUAUCAUCCAAUUUAUAUAUGAAGCUUUAAAUUAUUCUCUGAAGAAUCUAACUUGAACUUCUGUGGAUCCUGCAUAAACUUAUACCUCUGCAAACAAAGGGUUAUAGAUCACAUAUGUGCCCACUUGUGAAGUUGAUUUGUGACCUUUUCUAGUUGGCCUUUUUAUUGGCCGGUCCUACACAUGGGUUUUGUUUUGUUUUGUUUUGAUAUUCGUACCAACACAUUUGCUGAAGGACAGUGUGUGAGAAGCAGCUAGUGUUGCUGUGUUACUUUCAAAGAACUUGAAUGAAACCUUUGCAAAAUGUAUUGACCACUUUGGGGGACAGUGUGAAUGCAUUUUGUUCAGGACUUUGGAGUCAUUAUGAUCAUGAUAGUACAAGUAAAAGUGGCAAACGACUACCAAACCUGCAACUGUUGUGCUGUUCACUCUUUAAGAAUUGAUACCAAAUGUUAUCUGUUUACCCAUGAUGAGCCUCCUUUUGUGGAAACUUCAGAAUUUCAUAUGGGACCUGACUUUAUAAUCAUACUGCAACACACUUGCAAUCUCAGAUGUGUAAAUACUGUAUUUGGAUGCCUUUUUUAAUCAAUGCAGAAGACAAAGACUAUCUGUAAGAAAUACUUGGCUGUUACAGCCAUACUUAUAAGCAAAUCUUGUAUGUGCACACCUUAUAACUGGAGGGGGGAGGUGUGGUUACUUAUCUUGGCCCUGUUAGAUACUCAUGAUAUAAUGCUAAACAGCUUUAUAUCAAACAAAACACAAAAAAACCUUAAUGUACUAAUUAGCUAACAUUUUAAGAAUCUUCUGUUGUGAACAUGCUUAAUCAUGAGUGAUUCAAUCUUCAGUAAUUUGAAAACUGUCACAUCAUGGCCUGCUUGCCAUUUGACAGUAUUCAGAAUGCUGUGCAGCUUUCUCAGAUCUGGUACCCACCAGAUGUUUUGGACUGCAACUCCCAUCAUCCCCAGUUAGCACAGUUGCUCUGGCUGGGACUCAUGGAAAUAGUAGUCUGAAGCAUCUGAAGGGCACUAGGUAGGGGACAGCUGAUGCUAUGUGGAAUUUAGUUACUUUACUAAGUUCAGAACUAAGCAUUUUCUGAUGACUUUCUAUUUUCAUGUGUAAAGCUGUGGCAUAUUAGGUUCAUGGGAUUUCUAUAUCGCUGAUAGAUGAGUUUCUCAUAUUAAUUACAGUGCAGCUUGAAGUCUGUCCGCAAGUCCAUUUUCUGAGCUUCAGAUUAUUUCUUCUGUAAGGGAAGCACUGGAAAUUGCCCCCACCCCAAAAAAACAACAAAAACCCAGUACCUCCAUCAGCAGGGAGAAAAGAGCUGUGCAAGCUGCACAAUCACAGGCUCUGUCAGGAACAUACUGAAAAAACAGGAAAGAUGGGUCCUUACCUACACUAAUAUGCAAUAAGUCCAUUAAAGUAUACAAAAUGUAAUAGUAUAAAAUCAGAAGUAUACAAAUAUUAGCAAGCAUUUAAAAUAGAAUAUUUGCUCAUUGUUGGAGCUGUAGAGAAAAUUUUAGAUGCCUUCUAACCUCCUGGGUUAUGAUAGAAAAACUAAGUUCAUGUUCAGAAGUUUAAAUAUGCAGAAAAAUGUACAGUUAAAGGGUCACGAUUUUUAGCUUUCACUUAUAUAGGUAUCCUUCAGAGGUUCUGGCCUCAUCAUAGGUGCUUUAGGCAUAUGGCUCAGGGCUGCAUCUAAAUGACCAAACCAUGUGAUUAUGCUACCAGUGUAGCUGAGCACUUUAGAUGCAGCAUGUGGUGCUUUCAGAUUUGCAGCUCCUGCACCACUGAGAAUUUUUAAGGGCCACAAUAAUUGUAUAAUGGAGUUUGAGAAAUGUUUCAUGUAAUAUCUUUCACCAGCUUAGCAAAAUAUAUCUCACAUAUUGGGGAUGCUUUGGUUCUUCAUAAUUCAAAACUGAAUAAUUUCUUAAAAGUUCAAGUUGGUAACUGGUAAAAGCCAUUUCAGUAGGCAUCUAGAAAUGUAUCAAUUCAAACAUCAGCCAUUAAAUCUUAAUACUGUACACUUUAAAAUCCAUGGCAAAAUAGCUGUCCAUCUUGUCAAAGGCAAGACUUGGGAAUUUUAAGGAAGUAAGGAUGCAGUUCUACAGAGAGUUACUUGUAAGUUCCAUUGAACUGAAUGAGGCUUUUCAUCUAAUGUGUUGGAUUGGGCUGUACAUCAGGAGUUAUAAAUGAUUUAAUAAACCUAUUUCCUAGUCUUAAGAGGGUGUGCAGUUCUAUUCAUGCUUUAGUAGUAUAUUGUUUCAUAUGGUAUACCUCUACCUGAAUAUUUGAUUAACAAAAAAGAGUGCUAAGUUUGAAUGUUCUAUCUACAGAGCACACAGUUCGUAGCACUAACUUCAAAUUUAGCACACUGUAGCUGCACCUUCUUGUGGCUUUAAACUAUAGUUUAAUGUUACCUGAAUAAGCCUUGGGCUCAUCAAUUGCUCCUUCCCCUUGUCUGUGUGACAGUGAGGAUGCUUUCACUUUCAUUUUUAAUUAGCAACAGUUCAGAAUUGUGUCCAAACAUAGGAAAAUGUUUCGUUUUCACUGUACAGUGGAACCUCGGUUGUAGAAAGUAAUUUGUCCUGGAAGACUGUUUGACUUCCAAAACAUUCAACAACCAAGGUGCAAUUGCUGGUUGGCAAAAUCCACUGAAAAAAUUGAGAAACUCGCCUCGGAAGCUGUUCAGCUUCCAAGGCACGUUUGAAAACAGAAGCAUUUAUUUCUGGGUUGUCAGCAUUUGAAAGCCAAAACGUUCAACUUCCAAAGUGUUUGACAACUGAGGUUCCACUGUACUAUACUAAAACAACCCAAGUUCCACCACAAAGUUGAAUUGUUUCAUUAAUCCAUAGUUGAGAUUACCCAGAGUUUUGUGUUUGGACAUAAUCCUAGCACAGUGGUUGAUUAUAACAGAACUGACAUCAUCCGUUACCCUCUUCACUGACAGAGUGGGGAAGGGAGCACAUAAGCCUGAGACAUGUGCAUGUAACACUGAAUCAUAGUUCAGUGUUGUGUCUGAACAAGGCCAUUCUGUCUGCAUUGUCAAAAGCCAUUUUGGUUUCAGGGCAAGUGAUACUAGCUUAAGAUGCAUGGAUUUAAGAACAAAUAGUUAAUUCUCUGUUGCCUCUCUUUUUCCAUUUGUAAAUUUGUAUAUUUUUUUCUUAUUUAAAUGUAUUCCUGUGUGUAUAUCAGCUUUGCUUUUUUGAAUCUUAAUAUGGCAAAUAAAAUCUAGGCAAAUAAAUUUUAACUGCAGAUGAAAAUAAAGGUUUUUUUUCUUCCUCUAAAUUUGCAGGGGGAGAAACUUGGAUGCUUAAAGGUAUAGCUGUUGAAGAACACAAGCACAACUUGCCUCUUACUUUGCACAAUACAUGCUGGAUUAUAUCCAGUGCAAUGUUGUGCAAGGUAAAUGGGCAGGAGUUGGAAAUAUUGGGCAAAAGUUCCUAGCCCCACAUUUUAGGCUUUGCCAGAGUGUAUUCUGUCUCAGGAAAGCUUUGUCCUGAAUUGGAUACAACCUAGUAUCUGGAAUUGGCCAUGGAAAAAUCUGGAGUACUGUUCCUUGGACUAUGGGAGGUGACACUUAAGUUACACAUUUAUCUACCAACUGAGAAUAAUCUUUCAUGCAUCUGAUGAAGUGGGCUGUGGUCUAUAAAAGCUUAUGUUGUGAUAAAUCUGUUCACCUUUAAGGUGCCACAAGACUUUUUGUUACAUGUUGGCUUCCAUACUCAAUUGCAAAUUAUUAUUUAAAAUGUAAGAGGAAAAUAAGAAUUCCUGUGACCCAUGCGGGUGGGAUAAAUAAAAGAAUUGGUUGGGUGCCUAGAUUCAAAACAUGGGGCAAAGCUCGCUGUCCAGCAGGAGAGAGCCCCCCAAGAACAGAGUUUAAAUUCACAAAAGUCAAGCAGCAGUAUAGCAUUAGGAAUAUAAGUUGUUAGACCCUCUGUACCCCUCUGGCAAUAAGUAGACCACACACAGUUAAGUAAGUUUAAAAAUACUUUACUUACAAAAUGUUCCAAAGAUCACAUUCAUGUAUUUGUCCAAGCAGCUGCAGAGAGAACACAGGCAGAAUACUCCUGGGUAGAAUAUACAGAAAGAUAGUUUCAAACAUGCUUUAAGAUCGGCGCUUGCCAGUUAUGUGGUGUAGAGAGAGAACAAGAAGAGUAGGCUUCGCUUCCUUUCUCAUCAGAGAAGAGGGUGUGCGACCUAGCUGAGCCUCGGAAUCAACCCUGUUGUCUUCGCCCCUUCAUACACUAACUAGCACGUGGACAUAGUUCUGUGUGACUGCAAUUUCCCACACGAAAAACAACAAAAACUAUGUCAGGUUGGAUAGUGGGUUUAUCGGUGGCUUAAUAUUGAGCAGCUUGGAGGAAGGAGGAAUACACAUAAAGUGGGUUACAUCUAAUGCUGUGCCAGUGGGGUUCUGCUGACUCAACAAGUCUUCUAUUUCUUCUGUGCAUGCACACACACGGGCUGCCAAGUACAGGUUCUCCCAGCCCUCUGGAGCUGACUCAGGGUGUACAUGGUGGGGAUUGGCAGGGAAAGAAAGCUCUCUUGUGCACACAAAUCCAUUGUGCCUGUGGAGCUGCAGCUUUGGAAGGGGGGGAAAUCAGUAAUAGAAGAAAGUUGUACAAAGCUAUGCUUGGUUUUUUAUUAGGGGCAUGUACUGAUCCUCUUCGAAAUGUUUAUUUAAACUGAGGGGGUCUUCCUUGGAUAUAGUAAAAGGUAUUGGACUUGAAAACCAGCAGCUAAUUGAUAGCUUUAAUUAUGCUCCACUUUUAUCUCUAUAAAGAGUUCUCCAAACCAGGAUGAAUUUAAUAGUUUAUGAAUGAGAUCAAACUUCGGAAUUUUCUGAAAAAGAAUUCAAAGUGUUGCUUAUUCAAUGCCUGAGUUACACAUUUACACUUAAUACGGAGAAGAGAGUGAACUUACAUUCCAUGGAAGUACCUCAACUGCUGUCUGAGGAUGAAGCAUAAAAAACUACUCAUUUAAGUGCUGCCUUAGAAAGGAGAAUUUCAUUUGAAGUGUAAGCUGCUUCAGAUCUGGUCUCCUUUGUUAACAAGUUUUAUUAUGGUCAAUAAACUUUUCACUAUGGCCAGUUUUAUGUAAUCUGGAUCUGUCCGCUGCAUUGCAUCUCAUUUUCUUUUGUGCUUUCUUUAAUAAUGAUCUGUUUGAGAAAGCAUAAAUUGACAGAAUAAUUCAUGCCAGAUCCAAGCUCUCUUUAAUGUUUCUGUCAUGUGCACAGCUCCAUAGCUCUCUCUGAAAGAAUGCUUUAUAUCAUUGUUCAUGAACAGUUUAUCUCUCAUUUUGUCCCUCAUAACAAGGUCACUCAAAGCAUUUAGUGCAGCUCCUCCUCCCCAGAUUCACAAGCACAGAUAACUCUGCUGGUUUGCGGAAUGUUUUGGCAAAUGGCAGAACUACUGGACAUGCAGCAUGCAUGCCUCCAAAAAGGGUGUGUGUCUGUUUUCUUUUUGUUAACUAUUAGCAUUGUUUGUUUUCUGCAUUUUGAAUUAAAAGCAUGGAGGAACUGG